AAUUUCAAUUUCUGUAUUUUCGGAGGGGCUUUUUUGCAAUUAUUCUCCCAAUUUCGCAAACCCUAAUUUUUUUUUAACUUUCUCUCUCCUCGACGGCCUCCCCCUUCUCUCUUUCUCUUUCCAAAAAAAAAUCCCCAAUUUCGGAAUAACCCAAUUCUCUCAAACCUGUUACGUGAAUCUUCAACAUCCAAAGAUUAAGGUUUGUGAAUCAUUUUCAUUUUUGAUUUACUCUUUCAUAUAAAGUUUCGAUCUUGAUUUUUUUUUAAAAAUUCUAUUUUGUGUUUUUUUAAUUCAAAUCUGGAUCUGGGAAUCGCUGAAUUUAGGGUUUUUGGUGAGAUCUGGUUCAAAAUUUAAAAAAAAUUUGUCAAGGAUUUUUAUGAAAUCCAAUUCAGACCCAAAUCCAAAACCCUAGUUUUUUUUUCCACCCUCAAAUUGGGAAUCUUAUUCGAAGAAUUUAGGGUUUUUGAGGGUGUCAAUAUUUUUAGGGUUUUUGGAAAAGGAAGAAGAUCGUUCAUGUAUGGCUUCGGAGACUUUAGGAGCUGAGGAGCUUCCUAGGGAGAGACAUCGAUGGAGUGAGAAUAGCAAGGUUUAUACUCGCAGGUACAAAAACAAGAACAACAACGUCGUUAAGAAGCUCGAUGAUUCGACCACCACAACCACCACCUCUGUCGCCGCUGCGGCCGUCGACAGCCUCGAAAAUGAGAACACCAUUGCCCCCAACGACAACAACAACAACGAGACGUUAAAGGAUAAUAACGUUGAAGACAAUCAUGUUUUUGAAAAUGGUAUAACUGCUAAUAACAACAGCAGCUGCAGCAACAACAGUCACAACAACGACGAUAAUGAGAAGAAUAAUGAGGUGAUUGAUGAGGAAGCACAGAAAAAGGUGUCAUCCCCGCCUGAAUUGCCGGUUGAAUUGCCCGUUGAGGAAGCAAAUUCCUCGCAGCCACAUCACAAUUCACCACGAGUUGGGACUGUUUCAGGGGAUUCUUCUAGCCUUAAUCGAUAUCGGGAUGAAGGAGAACGCUUUCCAAACGGGCAAGAUGAGGGAGAACCCCUUCCAAAUGGGCAUGAUGAGAAUUUGACAAAUGGGUUGGUGUUGAGACCUUUGGUUACUCAUGUAGAUGAUAGGUUGAGUAUUAGUGUUUCAGGUGCUAGGUCGAAAGGGGAAGUUAAAGACUUGAAAAGGAAAUUAGUGGGUGAACUUGAUAAAGUUAGGAAAAUGGCAAAGAAACUUGAGGAGAAGGAGAUUCAGAUUAGUCGGUAUGAGGAUGUUGAAACAACUGUUCCUCUUGUUGGGCACUUGCAGUAUCCGGUUAAUGGUGGAGCUGGAAAGGGGGUGAGUGGUGGUUUGAGGAUGAUUUCAGAAACAGGUUCUGUCAGUUUUAAUGAGUCGAGGCCAUUCAGGCAACUCUCUGUAUCUGUUUUGCAAAAUAAUCACCAUGGAGUCGGUGGUGAAAUUGUUGAGAAGGAAAAGAGGACUCCCAAGGCAAACCAAUACUAUCGAAAUUCAGAGUUCCUUCUAGGUAAGGACCGGCUCCCACCUGCCGAGAGUAAUAGGAAGUCAAAAUCAAGUGGAGGUAAGAGGCAUGGAGGCGGAGAAAUGGAGAAUGGAUUCAGGAUUGAUAAGAAAUUAUUUAGCAAAUGUAGCAGUUUGCUUCAGAAGAUAAUGAACCACAAGCACGGGUGGGUGUUUAAUCAACCUGUAGAUGUUAAGAGGCUUGGUCUCCAUGACUAUUUCGAUAUUAUAAAACAACCAAUGGAUUUGGGUACAGUGAAGGCUAGGUUGACCAAGAAUUGGUAUAAAACUCCUAGGGAGUUUGCCGAGGAUGUAAGACUUACUUUUCAUAAUGCCCUGACCUACAAUCCUCCAGGGCAGGAUGUUCAUAUCAUGGCUACAGAGUUACUGGGUAUGUUUGAAGAGAAGUGGCCUGCUAUUGAGAGUGAAUAUGAGCGUAAAUUGAGAUAUGAAAUGAUUCGUGAUUUGCCAACUCCAACAUCAAGGAAGACUUAUGCUCCUGCACAUGGUUCUGUACCUAUGUCCUUUGCUCCACCUCCUCUUCUUCACCCCCCUCCAUCCUAUCAAGAGGUGAGGAAUCUGGAGAGAUCACAAUCAAUGCCUGUUAGACCGGAAUCAAGGCCGAAGCCUGCGUAUUCUGUUGGAAGGAAGCCUGUUCCGAAGAAGCCUAAAGCCAAGGAUCUCCACAAAAGGGACAUGACCUUUGAGGAAAAGCAAAAGCUUAGCACUCAUCUUCAGAGUUUGCCUUCAGAGAAGCUUGAUGCUAUAGUGCAGAUCAUUAAGAAGAGGAAUUCAGCUUUAUCACAACAUGAUGAUGAGAUUGAAGUGGAUAUUGACAGUGUUGAUGCUGAGACACUUUGGGAGCUGGAUAGAUUUGUAACGAAUUACAAAAAGAGCCUGAGCAAACAUAAGAGGAGAGCCGAACUUGCUCAAGCUAGAGCAGCAGCUGCCCAGGCUGCUCAAGAAACAAUUCAAGCUCCCGCAACUGUUGAAGCGCCUAGAGAAACCACAGCAGAUAAAGGACAUGUUGCCACUUCACCUCGUGUUCAACAAGAGAGGCAUAGUGAAAAUGAAAGUGGUUCAAGUGGCUCAAGCAGUUCUAGCAGUGAUUCUGGAUCUUCUAGUGAUUCAGAUAGUGAUAGCUCUUCUGGAUCGGAGUCAGAUGGAGGCCAUUAACAUAGGAACUAAUUGUGUUUGUUAAGUAUUAGGUAGUUAGAUGCAAAUGGUACGAGCUGCAGUUGAUAGAUGCUGAAUUGCCUUUGCAAUGUGAAGCCCUCCUUUUGAUGUUGCUGCCCAGCCGGGUAGCUUUCAGCUUUGCCAUCAAAAAGACCUUUUUUGUUUGGUGGCUCCAUAAUACAUGUAUCAUAAUUAAUCUUUUGCAUUGGUGGUUUGCUCGAGAUGCUAGUGUAGCAAAUUGUACAUUUACUCCUAGAUUUUGCUACGCACAUUCUGCCUAAGUAUGUGUUAGGCAAGCAUAUGACGAUACUUGAUUGUCACAGCGUACAUAUAGGGAUGUCGGGUCAGUAUUUGCUGUAGGCGUGUAUGUGGUUAGGCUUGGAGUUGAAUUUCUCUGUUUGAAUUAGCCUUUAGCUGUUGUAUAGUUAUUUUUGUUGUAUGAGGAAUUCAGAAUAGGUGGGUCGAAUUCUUUCA